AUGCAGCUCAAAAUCGAAGAACCUCCCCGGUUGGAGCUAAAGGGGACUCCAAGAGAGAUUGGACUGGAACAUGGCCGUCUCCUGCAGGACCAGAUCAAAGACCAAAUCAAGGUCUACGAGAACAUGUUCCAAGAAACCUCGAAGCUAUCCUGGGACGCUGUCCGAGAGCUCGCAGAGGAGUUCCGCGCUUCCUUGGAGCAGAAGCUGCCCGAGAUCUACGAAGAGAUGCAGGGCAUCGCAGACGGCGCGGGACUCGAUCUGCUGGACAUCGUGGCCCUGAAUUGCCGCAGCGAGAUUGCCAUGGGCUUUUUCUCCGAUGGCUGCACGAGUCUCUCGUGGAAGAAGCACGACAAUGCGCGGAUCCUGUCUCAAAACUGGGAUUGGGCUGCCGCUGCGGGGAAGAACAUUGCAAUUGUGUCGAUCGAGCAGCCGGGCAAGCCUAAAGUCUAUAUGGUUACCGAGGCUGGUAUUGUCGGAAAGAUCGGAUUCAAUAGUGCUGGAGUAGGUGUCUGUCUCAACGCCAUUAGGGCUCGGCCGUGCAUCAGCUCCAAAGUGCCCAUCCAUGUGGCUCUGCGUCUCUGCGCAGAAAGCUUAUCUGUCAACCACGCAGUGGAGAAACUGUCGAGUCUUGGGGGCAUUGCUUGCAGUGUUCAUAUCCUCGUUGCAGACAGCACAACCGCGCUGGGUCUCGAGCUCUCGCCUCUGGGAGACGUGCAUCUCACAGAGGACGCGCUGGGCACGGUAGCCCACACCAACCACUUCAUCGAGAACCGCUACGUGUAUGAGCCGCCAUGGCUCUCGGGCUCACCGAUUCGACUGGACCGUACCCAACAGCUUGUCCGUGAGUUGAAUGAGAGUGGGAUUUCUGGAUCUGAGAUCACACCGGGCCUGCUUCGAGACAAGAUCUUUUCAGACACUUUCAACGCCCCACAGGCAAUUUGCUGCUCGGAAGAUCCUGCUCGUGGGCCUGCGGUGCGUUCUAAGACCAUCUUCAACAUCAUAAUGAACUUGGAGCAGGGCAAUGUUGGUGCAGAGCUUGUGGUUGGUCGACCUGGUUCUGGCGAAGAGACCGCUGUGAUCCAGAUGCCCUGGAACUGA